AUGCACUUGACGAAACUGGUCACUCCUCUAGCCGUUCUGGCAACCAUUGCCCAGGCCCAAGGCAGUCACGACAUAGAAGAAGAGAUCAAGGUGCGCCGAGGCUUUCUGUCUACCCAAAAGCGCACUAGCUUGAGCCACUGCUCUGAGAAGCUCAAGGCCCGUGGCCUUGACGAGCGCAACAUCAACCGUCGCGCCGCCGGUGUUCACGAGGCCCGUGUGAAGAGACAAAUCACAAAGAGGUCGGAGGACGACGUUCUAGCCACCGACCACAACAAGACUUCGUCUGCAUACAGUGAGAACACCGCGGCUGCCACACUGUUCGCCGAUUACCAGUCCUGCCUCCUGACCCCACAGGUUACACAGGGACCAUACUAUGUUGCUGAUGAGUACGUACGUCGUGAAAUCAGUGAAGACCUAGAGGGUGUCCCUAUUGUCAUGGACUUCCAGGUGGUUGACAUCAACACCUGCGAACCUAUGCCAAACACCUAUCUCGAGAUUUGGCACGCCAAUGCAACUGGUGUCUAUGCCGGUGUCGAGGUCGAAGGUAACGGAUCUGGCGAGUCGGAUCCCGGCAACUUGAACAAGACUUGGGGCCGCGGUAUCCAGGAAACCAAUGCGGAUGGUGUUGCCCAGUUUGAGAGCAUCUUCCCUGGCCACUACACCGGACGCGCGAUCCAUAUUCACACUGUUGUCCACAAGAAUGCCACACUCUACCCCAACAGCACUCUGGGUGCUGAAACCAUUACCAGCCACAUUGGCCAGGUCUUUUUUGAUCAGGAUCUAAUCAGCCUUGUGGAAAACACCUACCCGUAUACUACCAAUGAGCAGGACUUGACCCUAAACGCCGACGACUCCAUUAUGGCUACCGAAACCGCCACUGACGGCGUUGAUCCCAUUAUGGAGUACGUUAUGCUGGGCGACAGCAUCGAGGAUGGAAUCUUUGCUUGGGUAUCUUUUGGAAUCAAUUCGACCUACUCCAAGGUCGUGGACCCCGUUGUCUACCUAACUGAGGACGGUGGUGUGGACAACCCCAACUGGGAUGACGCUGAUGGUCGCCCAUGA